AUGCUUAUAUUACCACUUAGCUUAACUUGGAUCUUUUUGUUGACUGCUUUCUACGUGUCAGCUGCCGACGUCCAAUUAUCGAUAUUGACAGAUGUGAGAGGUGCCAUAUGCCGUUCGGUUCAAAAGCGUGCCGACAACGACGCUGACUCUUUCGUGAAGCUCAUUGCUGAUGAAUCUAUAGUUGGCUACAAGAUACCUGCCUUGAUCUUCAAUUACCAAGAUAUUGCCAAUUUUUCAUCUGUUCCCACAAUUGAAACCUUCACUGACUUGUAUCGCGCAAACAAAACAGACUUAUACCCGAGGAUGUUGAGCGAGGGUGUCUUCAAUUUAGAUGCUGCUGAAGGGCAUUCAGUUAACAAGCUGCGGUUCUGGAGUGGUAUCAUUGACAAAGAGAUUACAUUUCGUGUCCCNUCUGUUCCCACAAUUGAAACCUUCACUGACUUGUAUCGCGCAAACAAAACAGACUUAUACCCGAGAAUGUUGAGUGAGGGUGUCUUCAAUUUAGAUGCUGCUGAAGGACAUUCAGUUAACAAGCUGCGGUUCUGGAGUGGUAUCAUUGACAAAGAGAUUACAUUUCGUGUCCCAGUUUCCGGAAUUUAUUGUGUCUACAUUGCGCCAGACCCAAUGAAAGUGCCUGAUUUUGAAUUGCCGAUCGAGUUUAGAAAUUAUUAUGGAAGCUUAAACCAUAUUCGUCAUCUACGGCACACAUCUUUAAAGUGGGAAGUAGUUUUUUCAAUCUCGAUGUUUGCUGUAAUUCUUUACUAUCUGCUGCGAUUCGCAUGUGAGGAAGGACCUCAAAACUUGAACCCUGCCCAGGCUGUUACAAGAACAAUUAUUUGCCUAAGUAUAAUCCCAUUCAUUAGCAUAUCUGUACUUGAGUUGAUUUAUUGGACAAUUAGAAAUAAUUCUUACACAACAUAUCAAAGCUCGACCUUACUCAGUAAUUUGAGAUUAAUUUUGCAGUUUGCAGAAUACUCCUACAGUGCAUUCACGUCAUAUGUGACCUUACUUUUCUCCAUGGGAUUUGGCGUUAUUUACUACUACCACGACGGUCUACAGAAUUAUAGACAGCUUCCGAAAGAUUUAUUUCAAAAAGCGACUGCAUUGUUAAUUACUCAGGUUUUGAUUACAUUCCUCCAUGCUUACCUGAAAUCUACCUAUACGUCGGUUAGCAUAACAAAAUUUUUACUUAUCGUCGCUACAACGAUCUUGAAAGUUGUAUGGAAAGCGCUCUGGCUCGUUUCCUCAGCCAGGUUUGUUUUCAGAACAAAGAAAAGCAUUGGGGCACUUUUACCACAUCCCGACGUGCAAUCUACAUAUGAAACCUUUUCAGCGUUCAAGAAAUCAGUCGUGGUCAUUGUUGUACUAUUGUUGUUCUUUUCCGGUAUUGUCGCCGCAGUCGAUCAACCAACUGUUUUAACUUACAAACAGGGCGUCUUUUGCAGUGCUGUUCAGAGAACAGAAAACAUCGAAAAGGCGUAUGUCGAACUACGUGCUAGUCAGGAUGUAGUUGACAAAAAGAUCCCCGGUUUGAUCUUUCAUUACCCAGAGAUUGUCAAUUUUUCGUCAGUGCCAGUAUUGGAGGUCUUUACUCAAUUGUAUCCAAACAACAAGGACCACUUGUAUAAGCAGAUGUUGAACGACGAAGGCAAAUUCAAGUUGGACGCCGCUGAAGGGUAUUCUGUAGAUGAUCUGAGGUUUUGGAGUGGUGUCAUUGAUAAAGAUGUUAAAUUUGACAUCCCAACUUCGGGAAUUUAUUGUGUUUAUAUUGCGCCUGACGACGCUAAAGAGUUUGACUUUGAACUACCUGUGGUGUUCAAAAAUUACUAUGGAAACUUGGCCUACCCAGAAUACUUGAUAUACUCACAAUUGAAGUAUGUCAUUGGUCUUGCCAUUGUCUUGUUUGCCGCGUUGUUCAACUACAUUUUGAGAUUCAAGAUUGGCAAGGAUUUCCAAAACAUGGACUCCAUUUCGGUAAUAUCCAAAACAAUCAUUUUCUUGAUAUUGGCGCCAUUCAUUGCUAUUUACAUAUUUGAUUGGUUUGUUUUGCUCCUUAGAAACAAUUUUGAAGGAUCGCAUCAAAAGUCAUUUAUUUUGUCAGUGUUGAGGUUUUUUGCCCAAUUUGGCGAUGCUUUGUACAAUGCAUUCACUUCUUUUGCCGUUUUGUUGUUGUCAAUGGGAUUUGGUGUUAUUUACUACUAUAAUGGAAACUCGCAACACUACAGGCUCUUUCCACAAGAGUCCAUGAAGAAAAUUACUGCAUUUUUCUUUGUCAACAUCAUAGUGUUGUUUUUGUAUUGUUUGAGCCUACAAAGGACUUCCGAGACGCCUUUGGUUGGAGUGACACAGAAUUCGUUUGAUGGUAAAUUUUCCGCCCUUGUUGGUGCCUUGACUUCCUUGUUUGGACUAAGUUGGUUUGUUUUGUCGGUGAUUUUCUACUUUAAGACCAAAAAGACUAUUGCAACUUUCCCUCCUGCAUCAGAUGCAGAUUCAACCGCCAAAAUUGUUUCUGCAUUCAAUAAGUCAUUUUUUGUCAUUUUGGUCUUACCAUUUAUUACGGCAAUUUUGGCCGGCAUAGUCGCCGGUAUCUUUAUGGUCAAACCUCUUGGAAAUGUGCCGGAUUUCCCAAAACAUACUGAUCGUGAGAUUGUAUACCAGUCAGCAACAGCAAUCAUUGUUCUUGAAAACACAUUCAGUGGUAUUUUAUUGCCAAUUGUUUGGUCAGGCUGGUUAUACUUUUUCGCUUUGGUCAUAUCAAUCUUUUUCAUUUGGAUUAAAGACAAUAAUGGGUUGAUUGUUGAUCACAAUGCCAAUGACCCAAUUGAGUAUGCCGAUGUUCCAAAUUUUGACAUUUCGGACGGAGAAGAUGAAGAGGAUAUUCGUGUUUGA